UAGCCCUCGGGGGCCCAUAUAAAUGGGGGCCGCUCCUGCAGCAGGGCCCAGGGAGCAGCUCCGUAGCCGUGCUGGAAGCCGCGGUCCCAGGCUCCAGGACCCUGCCCGCGAGACUGGGUCGGGCUGGGCCCCGUUCCUCCCCUGAGCAGUAGGGCCCUCCCAGGGCGGCCCACACGCAGCCCCCAGGAUGCCCAGCAGAACGGUCCGCUACGUCCGCUACAGCCCACGGCAGCGGCGGCGGCGCCUGCUGGCCCAGCGCACCGUGCGCUUCCCCAACGACGUCCUGUUCCUGGACCACAUCCGCCAGGGCGACCUGGAGCAGGUGGGGCGCUUCCUCCGGGCUCGGAAGGUGGCCCUGGACACCGUCCACCCCUCCGGGCUGGCGGCCCUGCACGAGGCCGUCCUGUCUGGAAACCUGGAGUGCGUGAAGCUGCUGGUCAAACACGGGGCGGACAUUCACCAGCGCGACGAGACGGGCUGGACGCCCCUGCACAUCGCCUGCAGCGACGGGUACCCUGACAUUGCCAGGUACCUCAUCUCCCUGGGGGCAGACAGAGAGGCAGCCAACGACGACGGGGACCUGCCCUCCGACCUCAUUGACCCGGACUUCAAGGACCUGGUGGAGCUCUUCCAGGGGACCAGGAUGGACUGAGCCCGGCCCUGCCCUCCCGCGACUCGCACCCCGCGCCGCCGCGGGGCCGGGGCUGGCCGGGACCCCGUCAGCUGGGCACAACCCCGUUCCACCCCUCUGGCCUGGCUUUUUCUCCAGGUGAAUUUUUUAUUGUUGCACUUUUUACUUUUUCAAUAAACAUGAUGCUUCA